CUCUUCAGUUGAUGGUGAACACAUUCAGUCGUCUGAUGAAGUGGCAUUACACAAGUGUCGGCCACUCACUUCACCUAACAGUGAUACAUAUAUAUAUUUAUUUUUUACUUCUCUCCACCACUAGAUCACCUAUAUAUAUAUUUGCGGGUGGAAACUUCUACCCUUGAUCUGUCCUAUUUUGUUGUUGUUAUUCCCUUUGUUAUUUCUUUUCUCUACCCUUCCGUUUACUUUCUCCUUCGUGCCCCUCCCCUCAUCUCUUUCUGUUGUUGCACGAUUAUAGUUUCAACUGGUUAUGUUACACUAUGCGGUCCGGUUGACUGUGACAGCCUGCUCUGCUCCAUACAUCUAUCUAGCCAUGAUAUAGGUAAGGAAGAGUCUAUUAUUAUUUUCAUUGAUUAUAACCACGGGUUUGGUUUGACUAAUUAAUUUUGACGACGUGGAGGUUUUCAUUCUUACUGUUCAGCUAAACAGCAUAAGAAAAAAGUCUUUGAGGAGAAUGCUGCAGAGAUAGGUAACAAGAGGAUGCGCCAUAAGCACGUGGUGGGCGUGGUCAUCACCGUGUUCCUCUCAUGGAACCUCCUGACUUACUACGUCCUUGUGUCUCGUCAGCACGGAAAGAUGGAUUCACCAGAGACCAUCCGAGACCGGUUGAAAAAGAUAGAGGAAGACAUCCACCAGCAAAUGAACGAGAACGAAAAAUUACUGAGGCAACUCCAAAGAUACAGAAAAACGUCUGGUCAUAAAGGUCAGUUGUCCAAUGGCAAUGGUUCGAAAGUGAAUCAUAACAAUAUCUUUGAAAAACAUAUCCGAGACUUUCCGACCACUAGUCCUGAAGAAACGGUUCUGCCUGUUUUACUAAUAGCCUGUGACCGUACACAAGUCAGUCGUAGCCUCGAUCAGUUGAUCAAAUAUCGCAAGGAUCCUCACAAGUUCCCUAUAGUGGUCAGCCAGGACUGUGGACACGUGAAGACGUCGAUGACCAUUGAUCGAUACAAGGACAAAGUUACACACAUCAAGCAUCCUGAUUUGAGUGACAUCAACCUGCCAUGGCCACAGACCAAAUUCCAAGGUUACUACAAGAUAGCCCGACACUACAGGUGGGCCAUCAAUCAAGUAUUAGUGAAACUUAAUUUCUCAGCUGUGAUAAUUGUUGAAGAUGACCUUGACAUAUCUCCUGAUUUUUUUGAAUAUUUUGCUGCCACUUACCCAAUUCUUCGAGCUGAUCCCCUGCUGUGGUGCGUCUCUGCAUGGAACGACAACGGCAAGGACGGAAUGGUGUCUAAUGAUGCAAACCUCCUCUACCGUACAGAUUUCUUCCCUGGUCUUGGAUGGAUGAUGGAACGGAGAACAUGGUUGGAGUUGGAACCCAAGUGGCCAAAAACAUUUUGGGAUGACUGGAUGCGCCAUCCGGAACAGAGGAAAAACAGGGCCUGUAUCAGACCCGAAAUAUGUCGAACAAGUACUUUUGGCAAACAAGGAGUUAGCAAAGGCCAGUUCUUUGACAAACAUCUCAAAUAUAUCAAACUAAAUCAACAAUUUGUGCCUUUCACCAAGAAGGAUAUAUCCUACCUCAUGCAGGAUAAGUAUGAUGUAGAUUUUGUAAACCGAGUGUACAGUUGUAUGACUGUGACAGCAACAGACGUUGUAAACGGCAUCGGCAAAGACAAGAAAUGUCUCCGAGUACAGUAUAACACCAAAGAAGAAUUCAAGACGUUUGCAAAGCAGCUAGGCAUCAUGGACGAUCUUAAGGUGAGUUGAUGGCGUUCACCUACGU